AUGCGUCUCAUCAACUGGAUUUCAUUCAUACAAACCGCGGCAGCGCUUGCCGUCCCUUUGGAUGAUAACUUAGAGGCCUUGUUCCGCCGCCAACUUCCUGCACACGCUACACAGGUCAAGACCAUCAACACAGCCAAUAAUGUCACUAUUCGCUAUAAAGAGCCGGGGAAAGAAGGUGUUUGUGAGACUACCCCGGGAGUCAAAUCUUAUGCCGGCUAUGUGGAUCUCUCACCCACAGAGCAUACUUUCUUCUGGUUUUUCGAGGCUCGCCAUGAACCCGAAAAUGCGCCGAUUACUUUGUGGUUGAAUGGUGGACCAGGCAGUGACUCGUUGAUUGGCCUGUUUGAGGAGUUGGGGCCUUGUCGCAUCAACAAGAAGAGUGAAUCGGUUAUCAACAAGCACUCUUGGAAUGAGGUCUCAAACAUGCUGUUUUUGUCUCAGCCUCUAGGCGUUGGUUUUUCCUAUGCCGAAAAGGCUGCAGGCUCUCUAAAUCCCAUCACAGGGUCAUUCGAAGACGCAGACUCAGCGGAUAUUAAGGGUCGCUAUCCAGUCAUCAAUGCCACCGCAAUUGACACCACCGAACUUGCCGCUAAAGCUACCUGGGAGGUCCUACAGGGAUUUCUGGGUGGCCUUCCUAAGCUAGAUUCGAAGAUUAAGUCGAAGAGCUUCAAUCUAUGGACCGAAAGUUAUGGAGGACAUUAUGGGCCUGCUUUCUUUGACUACUUCUAUGAAGAGAACCUCAAGAUUGCCAACGGCACCCAAGAGGGCAUCCAACUUGAUUUCAAUACCUUGGGUAUUAUCAACGGCAUCAUUGAUGAAGGAAUUCAAGCCAAGUAUUAUCCUGAAUUUGCCGUGAAUAACACUUAUGGUAUCAAGGCUGUCAAUGACACGGUGUACAACUAUAUGAAGUUUGCAAAUGAAAUGCCAAAUGGCUGUCAGGAUCAAGUCGCAACCUGCAAGUUGACAAACCGCACCUCGCUGUCCGACCACGCGCUCUGCAGCGAAGCCACUAACAUGUGCCGGGACAACGUCGAAAGUCCCUACUAUUUCUUCAGUGGCCGAGGCACCUAUGACAUCCGCCAUCCACGGAAUGACCCAACCCCAGAAAGUUACUACAUGAACUACCUUGCCAAAGACUCGGUAAUGAAUGCGUUAGGCGUCGAUCUAAAUUACACGCAAUCCAACAAUGAGAUCUACUUCGCCUUCCAGCAAACAGGUGACUUCGUCUGGCCCAACUUCCUCGAAGACCUAGAAGAUAUCCUCUCCCGCCCUGUCCGCGUCGCGCUGAUCUAUGGCGACGCAGACUAUAUUUGCAACUGGUUUGGCGGGGAGGCUAUUUCUCUUGCAGCAAAGUACAAGCACAGCAAACAGUUUCAGAAGGCGGGAUAUGCACCGUUCUUGGUCGAUGAUGUUGAGUAUGGCGAAACGAGAGAGUACGGCAAUUUCUCCUUCACCCGUGUCUAUGAGGCUGGUCAUGAAGUGCCGUAUUAUCAGCCAGAGGCUUCGCUGCAAUUGUUCAAUCGCACACUGAAUGGGUGGGAGCUGCCUAGGGGCGAGAAGAAGUUGAAGGCGGACUCUAGCUCCAGUGGAUCCGAGUCAGCGACUCAUACCCAGUCUUCAGUGCCGUUACCCACAGCUACGAAGGUCUGA